AUGCCAAGAUGUGCAAAUGGAACGAGCAAUUCUACAUCAACCAUAUCGAAUACUGACAAUCUGUCGGAAGAAUUCACGGUGGACGAUGAAUCCUGUAUGUUUGUUGCUAACUCCUCAAACAUCUUUUUGGUGGUGAACGAACCCGUAAAUCAACAGAUCUUUAAUUGUUCCUCCACCGAUGAGGUGCGGAUUUUUCCAGGCAAGACUCUGCCACAAGGGAUUCUUAUCAGUGAAGAUGGAAAGUUGGUGGGUUCAACAGAAAACCCCAUGGAUCCUGCAGUCUUCAAACUCUGCUGGGCAGACUCUACCCGCGAAGUGUGUAUUGAUUCAACGCUGCAAGUCCUUUCUUCCUUGCGGCAGGUGGAGUAUCCAAGAGAUGUCUUGAAGCUCGACAAGCAUGUUUCAACUCGCCUGUGUCCAAGAUUGCAUGACAACAUGGGCCCGUUGAGCUUCAAAGUGUACCCUCCCCUUCCAUCAAACCUGUCUUUGAACGAAGCGGAUGGUUGCUUGACUGGCAGUCCGAGCUCAAGAAGCGACAUGCAGCUGUACACUGUUACCGUAAAGAACAUGCUUGGGCAUACCAAGGAUAUUUCGCUGCGCAUUCAAGUUCACCACAGCGUGAGGAGCUCUCUUCGGAACACGAUUGGAGGACUUAGCUCUAUCUUGUUGAUGGUUUAA